CUUGGGUAUUUCGUGACCUGUUUCAUUGAUCUAUUAAUUUUCCCAGUUCAUCAUUUUCUUGUUCUCACUCAGUUAGUCGCAGUCCAUUUUACCAAUAUUUUACAUAUUUACAUUAUCAAUUUCGGGUCACGCGCAACAUUUUGCUUUUGGCGUCAUCUGCACUGGAACGUCUGAAGUGAGAACAACUAGCGUUCGCGUGCGUUGCGUUGGUGAACUUAACCACACUCGCCCAUUUAUGCAUAUCAAAGCAUCUGCUUCUCAUUCAUUAUUUCUAGUAAUUCCUAGCUUGUGUGGAAAACAGUGAACAAAUAUUUUCGGGCGAAUACUUAAAAAUAUCUUUAAUGUUUUUACUGAGUGAAAUGUGAAGAUUUUGUUUGGAAAAUUUUUCCAUGGAUGAGAAGAUCCUGUGGCUAGCAGAUUCUUGAAAUUCUGAGAAUGAUAGACACGAUCUCAUCUAAACUUCGACACACUUUUUCGGUGUGGUUUUCUAAAUCAUGGUGGAGUCCGAUCACAGCGAAGCUGGACAGGAUGUGACUUCGACCAACGCAGUUCGAAAAAUCGACGCUAUUGACACAGCUAGUGAAGUUUCGAGUAAGAGACCACGUGAGGAUUGUCUGGAAGACGGUAAGGUUGAUCUGCCGAACAAAAAAUCCCGCAGUGAAAUGGAGGAACAAGCAUCAGCUCUCAAGGAUGAAAGUGCAACUGUCCCAGAGUCCAACGGUACCAACAUGGUCGUUGACGAGGAAAAGAACAGCCAGGGAAAUGGGGAUGCAAACUUGAAGCCAACUUCUGAUGAUGCUGAGAACCGCGAGAGUGCAGAUAACGCUUCUAGUGCUGAUAUGGAAACACAGGAGGACUCUCAAGAGGAAAAAUCCGAAGAUGAGAAGCAGGAAAUGGAAAUUAACCAGGAUGCUCCGGACUGUUUGGCCAAGGAGGACAAGGGCAAACCUAUGGAACAAGAUGAAGCUGAGGAUAAGGAUACAUCAAAGUCCGAGAAAGCAGAGAUUAGCGAUAAAUCCAAACCCGAAGAGGCAGAAAAGUCAGAUGGCGACGAAGAAAAGGGCAAACGUUCCUUGGGCAAGAACACAGAAAUCGUAGGCGGUCUGGAGCUUACAGUUGAGAAUGCGAGCGAUAUGGAGUCCGAGAGUGAGAAGGGCGAAGAAAAAAAAUCCCGACCAAAAACUGCAAUUGUAAAAGCAAAACCAACCGACUCAGAAUUGGAAGCAAGUGCGUCGGAUGCCGAUGGUGAAAAAGCAGAAUCCCAGGAUGGAAAAGACGAAGAAGGUGAAGAGGAUGAUGAAAAACCCGAUGAUGAGAAGAAAACUAAGAGGAAGGGUAGAAGAAAAUCAUUCACCAAAUUGAAGGGUUCCGGAUCGGAGGAAAGCUCCGAUAAUGAUUCCAAUGAUGAUGAAGACUAUAGUCCUACUAAGAAGAAGCGAUCUCCAGCUAAAAAGACACCGGCUAAGACUCCAGGUAAAAGAGGUCGUGGCCGUGGACGCGGUCGACCGCCAACCAGGAACUUGAAAGAGGCCAAGGAAAAAUCCGAUGAAGACGAUGAUGUAAAUUUGGCCAGCAGAUCUAGAAGGACUUCGUCUAAACGCAGCGAGAAGGCAGAGGAAGCCAAAGACGAUUCUUCAGAAAGCGAGAACGAAAGCAGUAGCGAAGAAGACAGCGGAAAGGAUAAAAAGAGGAGAAAGAGAAAUACUGAUCCGGAGAAUGACAAGAGGAUACAGUCACUAAAGAAGUACAUAGCCAUGGCUGGGAUAAAGGCAAAAUACCCGAAUGUUUGGGAGGGUUGCAAGACUAAUAGCGACCGCAUCAAGUGUCUGAAAGAGCUCUUGGAGAAACAUGGUGUGUCUGGCAGACCCACUGCGGAAAAGUGCAAGAAGGCAAAGGAGCAAAAUGAAAGGAUAGGCGAUGCUCCAGAGUCCACUCCAAGCAAAGCCGCAUCCGGUGAAGGUCGUGUAACCCGUGCAAGAAGAACUCAAAACACUCCUGGCACAACACGGAAUCGCGAGUCUCGUAAGAAAUCACAGGCCGAGAGUGACUCUGAAUGAAAAUAAAUUCGCUCGAGGAGACCCUGAAUCGCUAAGCUGAAACGACUGAUACAGUAAGUCAUUGAUUUGUUGCUUUCACGGGUCAAGCUUGUUCUGUGUUUCGGCACUCGCCCUCCAUGGGCAUCAAUUUUGACGCAAAGGAAGUGAAUUGAAAGUUGACAACUUGCCUGAAAACAGUGCAUAAUGUAUAUCAAAAUAUAUUAAUUUCAUUUUUAAAGACCGCUACGCACUUGCGUGUUUGGGAAAAAGUAUUUAAUGGCUUGAUUGAAUUUAUACGUGGAACCAAGCACAAGAUAUGUACGUGCAAAGAAAUACAAUUUAGUGUAUAUAAGUGCAAACACGCGUAGUCUAAGGGGAGGGUCUCCUAUUAUUAAUUUUCCAGGUGUUAAUUCUUUCUGUCCACUUACGAAGUAUCGUAUAAUUAUUAAAUUCUUAAAUUUUAAUUUAGCCAAGUAACCAGUCACGUAUAUGUCUCUAAAGGAAAGUGUACAACUGCAUAAUAAUUCCAUUAUGAUUGUUGAAAAUUCAGGAAUACAUAUAAGUUUAUGUCCAUAUGAUCAUUUAUUACAAAAUAAAUAAAUAUAAUGAGA